AAACUAUACAAGAAUUUAUGAAAUAAAUGAAUAAUUGAAAGAGGAAAUAUCCUGUUAUCCAUACGUUGUUUCUUACAACACAUGGGUCGUACAAAAUGUCGGCAGACUCCAUGCACGUAACUUCAUGACCACGUGGGAUCCUCAUCACACACUCCACUACGAUCUACGAAGCAACCUCUUCCUCGUUUUCGGCGGAUCUCACGUGUUCGCACUGUCACUGGUCAGGGUUUCCAAGUAACACUGACCAAUGGUAUCUAGCCACGCGUCUCCAACCUUUGUCAACUCUUUAUAUAUUUCCCCCACCUUCCAUGUCGCCGUGUUACUCGAAAAAACAAAUCACAAGCAUCCAAAAACUAACUUUGAUCUUAAAAGUCGUAGCAGCAUGAUCCAUACUAAAACCGGGUCAGGUCGUCGGAUCUUGAUCUUUCCGGCUGUGCAACCAUGCGAAUCAAUCUCCAUAGGCACCUUACUCGACUCACUCAUUCAACUUGCCGGCGACAUUCUCGCAUUCAAGUCCAAACACUUUUCCACCAAUAAACAAAGCUUCAGAGAAACUCUCAGGCGGAUCCAAAACCUGGUUAUCAUCUUCGAAGAGAUCCGGGUCCGAGUCGGGAAUCCAAGACGCUUUUUCCACGACUCCCCCGCCCUCUUGAGCCUUAAGGAGAUCCACGUCAUCUUCCAGAAGCUCAAGUUCCUUAUAGAAGACUGCACAAGAGACGGAGCUAGGCUAUGUAUGAUGAUGAACUCUGAUCAAGUCUCGGAUCAUCUCCGUGUCCUGACUCGAUCCAUAUCCACCAGCCUUGUCGCCUUCCCUGUCGCAUCCGUUGACUUACCGAGCGAAGUCAACGACCUGGUUGACUUAGUGGUGCGGCAAACUCGUAAGUACGGAGUCCAACCUGAAACAAAUGAUAUACGGGUCAUGAGCUCUGUUUAUCGGAUCCUUGCUCUGUUUGAGAACAGAGUUAGUCCAGAUCCGGAUGAGAUAAACCGGAUCCUGGAUUACGUAGGGAUUAAAAAAUGGGGAGAUUGCGUCAAAGAGAUCAACUUUCUCGGAGAAGAGAUAGCUGUGGAGCGGUUAGAUGAGAAGAAGAAGAAUAGUAACGUUCGAGUCGAGCUUCUCAGUAGCUUAAUGGGGUUCAUAUGCUAUUGCAGAUGCGUCAUACUUCCACGAAUCGAGAGAGAUGAUCAUCAUCUUUAUCAUGAGGACGAUACUAAGAAAGAUCAAGACUUGAUUCGAGGACUAAAGGACGAGGAUCUCCUUUGUCCAAUUUCACUAGAGAUUAUGAUGGACCCUGUAGUUAUAGAAACAGGGCACACCUAUGAUCGGAGCUCCAUCACUAAAUGGAUCGGAUCUGGGAACAUCACGUGCCCUAAAACCGGAAAGAUUCUCGCGAGUACUGAUCUGGUUGAUAACGUUUCCGUGAGGCGAGUGAUUUAUAAGCACUGCAGAGCAAACGGCAUCGUUUUGGCGGGUAAUGUUGGCCGGAGAAGGAAGACUCAAGACGACGUGGUGCCGGAGAGUUUGGCUGCAACGGGAGCUGGGAAGCUUAUAGCAAAGUUUCUCACUUCAGAGCUACUCAAUGGCGGCAAGGAGACGAUUUACAGAGCCGUGAGGGAGAUUCGUGUUCAGACCAAGACAAGUAGUUUUAACAGGUCUUGUCUGGUUAAAUCUGGAGCUGUGAGUCCACUGUUAAGGCUUCUUCGCUCCGAAGAUUCCAAGAUUCAAGAAAACGCAAUGGCUGGGGUUUUGAAUCUCUCCAAGCACGUCACUGGAAAAUCCAAGAUUGCCGGAGAAGGGUUGAAGAUCAUUGUAGAGAUUCUCAACGAAGGAGCUAAAACAGAGACGAGACUAUACGCUGCUUCUGCUCUGUUUUAUCUCUCUUCCGAUGAAGAUUACAGCAAACUGAUCGGAGAGAAUCCAGAUUCGAUUUCAGGAUUGAUGAAGAUCGUCAAAGGAGAAGAUUACGGCGGUUCAGCGAAACGCAACGCGUUGCUUGCGGUUAUGGGUUUGUUGAUGCAAUCAGAUAACCAUUGGCGUGUUCUCGCCGCCGGAGCUGUUCCGAUACUUCUUGAUCUGUUGAGAUCGGAAGAAAUCGGCGGCGAACUCACUGCGGAUUGCUUAGCGACGCUGGCGAAGCUAGCGGAGUAUCCUGACGGGACGAUUGGGGUGAUUCGUCGUGGCGGUUUGAAACUCGCGGUGAAGAUUUUGUCUUCGUCGGAUGUUUCGCCGGCGGUGAAACAGCACUCUGUUGGUCUGAUUUUGAACCUGUGCCUUAACGGAGGCCGUGACGUCGUUGGGGUUCUGGUGAAGAACUCGUUGGUAAUGGGGUCGCUUUACACGGUGUUAAGUAACGGCGAAUAUGGAGGAAGCAAGAAGGCUAGUGCGCUGAUCAGAAUGAUCCAUGAGUUCCAGGAGAGAAAAACCGGUUCGUCCGGUUCAGUUGAACCGAGUCUUCAAAGAGGACGGUUCGUCCACGCCUGGUGAAUUUUGGUACACAAGUAACUCUUGAGUUUUUUAAAAAGAGUUAUUUACCAAAAUAGAAGCUUAGGUUAAGGGUGAAAUUCAUUUAUUAUUUGUUACAUACAAUACAAGUGUUUGAUGUAUAUUAUUAGCUCGGGUAUAUAUUUUAAAUAAACCAAAGAGCUAGCUACUGGGGGGAUGGACAUGGCAAUAAGCUUCAUGUUUUUAAAGAAGCUAUCAUGUCCAUACUCAACCCAUAAUGUAAUUAUGUUUCUGGGUAUAAAUGAAUUUG